AUGUUCUCCCGCGCCAUCGCCAUCGUCUCCCUCCUCUCCUUCUCCCUCCAAUCCGUCACCGCAACAUGUCUCCUCGACAACAACGCGCAGAAAGUCGCUCAGAACUACGCUACGCUCUUUAGCAACUACUCGCCUCAGUUCGCCGAUCAGGUCCUCACCAAAGACGUGAUCGACCAGUCCGACAGCGUCAACUGGCUCAUCACUAACGGCACCAACGCCUGCUCACCGCUGCUGGGCGCCACUACCUUCAACGGCCGUGAGGCUUUCAAAGCUGGCCAGUCCACCCAGCCCAACAUGCCCUUCACCAUCCUGAACGUCUAUCACGACUGCACCAACGUCUUCGUCCGCUGGAACUUUGACGUCAAGCCCCAACAAGUCCAGGGAAUCUCCGUGCUCGGCACGAAGCUCAACACCGACCUCACCAAGCUCCUCACGCAGCCCUACCUCAUCAAGACCGUCUACGCCGAGUUCAACGUCGGCGCCUUCAUCGUCAAUCUGGGCUACUACCAGGGAACCAAGCCAUCGACUUGCAAGAGGGACGUGUUGGGGGUCGAGGCGGUGCCAUUCACCGCAUAG